AUGGCCCAUCCUAGUGAAAAGACUGAAGCUGAAAAGCUUGCAGGCAUGUUAGCUAUACAUGCGGAAAUGACUCACGGGUGGAAAGCAUCAAAAUUUCACGCUUUUCAAAAAGAAUGGGUGGAAAAAACGAUAUUUCCCCUGAAGUUAGUAGUGGAUUCAGCGUUAUCUAUGGGUGUUGGAUCGAUCCAGGGUGAGCCAAAUGGAUCUUACAAGUAUGAUGAAAAUUACGGUUCGCGAGAUGAGGAAAGAGGCACAGAUAUUUACAAUCUUUCUCAAAUAGUUGGCUUUGAAUGUUGGAUUGAUAUUUUGAGGCAAAGAUUCGAUAUUCCACCAAGUAAAGUGUACUUUCAGGAUCCGGGUUUCACCGAUCUCGAAAAAUUAUUCAUCACUUCACUCGGCCAUACAGUAUUAGAACACCCCCAAGCAUACAAAAUACUCACACGACGAACAUUUCUCUGUUCUUGUCGCCUAUACAAAGAUGUUGUGGCAGCUUGCUUUAGCGCUGCCAUGCCGGACCUGGCUGUUAUGUCACCGCUUUGGAUGGAUAGCUGGGUAACAUCGCCAUACUUCGAGGCGGGACCAUAUUAUAACAGAAUGAGGCGAACUAUCCGUCGGUACGCCAGGACACACCUUAGCCAAAAGCAAGGCCCAAUCUUUGAACGCACUCGCGACGCAGAUCUCAGGGAUUUGAGUAUAGACAGACUGGUGCAUAGCUGGCUGCAAGAUGUGGAGUGGUAUUGGACGCCGGAUGAUUUGAGUGUAAUAGGGGAUAUAGGCGAACCGAUAGAUCAAGAUGUGUGGCGUUUCUUACCGGGAAUAUAUGGAGUGAUAGAUUCGCUGGGAGGAGGGAUGAAGUAUGUGGAGACGGCUAUAGAAAAACAUAGGAAGCGUCGCGAGGAUAGCCCAUUGAGUGAGAUAUCUAGUGGUUCUGAGUGGGAAUAUGAGGGGAAAGAAGAUGAAUCAGAGCCGGAACCAGAACCAGAACCAGAACCAGAACCAGAACCGAAACCAGAACCGAAACCAGAUAAACCAUUGCCAUCUCAAAAAAUAAUUCCCAGGUCCCCUCCCUAUCGUGAUAGGUACCACGGUAAUAAAAGACGGCUGACACGAAUAAGAAAGCUACGGACAUAUCGCGAUGAUGGCACGGUAAACUUUCUAUGA